AUGUCGGGCGCGAGCCAUGACCAGCACCGCCGCCACCUGUCGGGCGACUUCGACGAGCUGGCCUCGCUCUUCGCGCAGCGGCCGGCCGACGCCGCCUCGCCGUCGCCCAUGAUGCUGAUGCAGCCGCAGACGCCGUGGUUCUUCGCCGACUACCUGCAGACGCCGGGGAUGGACUACGAUGACGCGUUCGCCAGGGACUUCAUCGGCUCGCCGGCCGGCGGCGUCGGCGGCGUCGAGGAGGUGAAGAGGGAGAUGCUGGCGAGCGACGGUGCCGCUGGCGCUGUUGUUGUGCCUGGCGGCGGGCCCGGCGGGACGGCGCACAGCGUGUCGGUGUCGUCCACGUCGAGCGAGGCCGGGGUCGGCGGCAGCGGCGGCGCGGUGGAGGACGAGGCCGGGAAGUGCAAGCAGGAGGAGGGCGAGGGCGACGACGAGAGCAAGCAGGCGGCGGCCGAUGGAGAAGCGGACAAGACCAAGAAAGGGGCGGCGAAGGGGAAAGGGGCGGCGAGGGUCAAGGGGGAGAAGCGGCCGCGGCAGGCGCGGUUCGCGUUCAUGACCAAGAGCGAGGUUGACCACCUCGAGGACGGCUACCGCUGGCGCAAGUACGGCCAGAAGGCCGUCAAGAACAGCCCCUUCCCAAGGAGCUACUACCGGUGCACGACGCAGAAGUGCCCGGUGAAGAAGCGGGUGGAGCGGUCGUACCAGGACGCCGCCGUGGUGAUCACCACCUACGAGGGCAAGCACACCCACCCCAUCCCCGCCACGCUCCGCGGCGCCAACCAACUGCUCGCCGCGCACGCCCACGCGCAUGGCGGCCACGGGCUCAUCCACCCCGGCAUGUUCCGGAUGCCGGCGCCGCCCGGCGCCUUCCGCCCCGGCGACGCGCUCGGCAGCUUCCUGCAGCAGCAGCACGCGGCCAUGCAGCACCAGCAGCAGGUCGCCGCUGCAGGGAUGGCGAUGCGGCAGGCGAACGCCAUGGCGAGCGGCCACAUGCAGGCGCCUCCCGCUGAUCGUGGCCUGGCCGCCGCCAUGGCCGGAGGUACGACGGGGAACAGUACCCAUACUGUCAGCAGCAGUAGUGCCGAUCCGCUGCGGAUGGAGCACCUGAUGGCGCAGGACUACGGCCUGCUGCAGGACAUGCUGAUGCCGCCGUCCUUCGCCCACAGCGACAACAGCAAUAACAACUCCAACCGCCAUUGAUCGAGAGAGAUCGAGCUUCCAGCUUGCCCUGACAGUGAUCCAUCGGUCGAUUCGGCGCCCUUUGCUUGUUAUUAAUUGACUUUUUUGCAUGGUACUGAUAUAUCUAUCUAUAAUUGAUGAACGAUGAGGAUAUGAUCAA